UUUAUUUAUUGGGACGUGUGUUUCAAUGUCCCUAAAUAAACUAGUAUAGAAGACAAAAACCUUUCAUUUAUACAGUUUCCAUUGCUGUUAUAUACUUUUUGAGGAACUGGCAAGUCCAGUGGUCGAGACAAGUCUUUAUGACGGCCGUUGGUACUCAUGAAACAAGCAAAAAUCGGCAAGAAGACGCUAAAACGUCUAGUGUCUUUUCCUGGUUUAGUCUCCAAGUCAAGGCAAUGGAAGGACAAAGACUAUCGUGAAGCUUCGACAGUAAGUUGUAAUAUAUAUUUCCAGCUACCUUCCGUUAACUUAUUAGUCAAGCAUAUUUGUUUAUUACAGUAAUGUAUAAAGUUAUGUCUACAUUUGGCCAAAAUUUGAAAGGAUAUGAGUGAAUUUGUAAGGUUGUGUUUCUUAUCAGAGUCAUCACUUUGUGCUGUGUAUUACAUCUGUGUUUAUUUUAGUAAUUGUGUUUUAAGUAGGCUUGAAAAUGGCUUUGAUUUAAAUUUGUUUGAUGUGGUUGGAUGAAAUUUAUGAUGGGUUUUUUCAGUUUUGUAUUAUAAAAGAAGAGAUAAAAUUAAAUAUAAUGACAAUUGUUCUGUCACAAAUAAUUAUUUGGGAAGUAAAAAAUAUAGUAAAGGUGUUUGAAGAUCUUUAAUGCCCUGGGUAUUAAAGAAAAAUAUUUAUUGAAAUUAUUUAGGGAGUUGUUAUUUGUCCGGUCACCAAAACCAAUGAGCUUUGACUAUUUGUCUGUGAAUUAAUUUGAUUUGGUUCUUCGUUCUGUCAGCUUGCCAAAAUGACAUCAAAGUAAAUUUCAUUAAGUUUCAAGCAAAUCUUCGGUAGCCGAGUGGUUAAGGCACUCGCUCGCCUUGUACGCGCUAGCUCUGUGGAUCGACCUGGACACUAACCUAGCUUUGAAGUUUGAAGUACCGAACCAGGUGUUUACACACCAGACUGGAAAGUUUGUGCUGCACACCCGAGAUCUCGGUCGCGCAAUUUUUUUUCAAAAUGCGCGCCCAGACGCGCAAAUUUCGAAAAAUUAGCUGUCAGACGCGCAAUUUCAAAAAUGAGGCGCGCGCGAAGUUGAGAUUGCGCAAUUUUUCAAGCGCUUGCUUGCAUGAAUUUAAAAUAUAUUGCAAUUUUUCAAGCGCGCGCGAGAGAUAUAUCGCGAUAGACGUACGGGAACCGCAAUUUUUUGGCGCGCGAAUUGAAAAGAGUUUUGACUAUGUCUAUGAUCAGACCCAUCUGGAAUUGGCAUACUGAAAGUUCAUUUCCGACGAGGCACGAUUAACCAAUAAACAUCAGCCAUUCCAAAAUUUGAUCUAAUUGUAUUUCGGUGGUCGUUUGGUUUUGGAAUUUGGCUUUUCAAGGCGAACAUCAUACGACCAUUGAGGCGAAGACUGUGCUGUUGUUCCACUGCGAUCAUUCAUCAAGAGACUUUUGAAUCAUUCUGCCAGGUAAAUGUCGUGUUGUUGCAGGCUAAUAAUACGUUGAAGCGUGUUGUUCAGGAUAGAACGAUUCGAAUUUCGAAAUAUUGAUUGAAAUGCACUACAACUGAAUAACAGAAUAAGUAAUUAUUUAUAAAGCAAUUAUUUAUAAAUAUAAUCAUGACAGCAGUCAGCGUCUCUCUCAGUGUGGUGUGCCAUAUUGCCAAGUGCCAACUUCGGUAAAUAACUGAAUAUGUGAGGGGCCUGAGGGCCAAACAGAGUGAAUCAUUUACCAAGUCAAAUCCGAGUCUGAGUCAAUUCCGAGUCACGUAAAUAAUACUUAUACAAUGGGAUGGUUUGGUCAGAAAAAUUCUGCCUUAUUAUUCGAACCAUAUAUAUUUGAUAACAUCUGCCUCAUUCUGAACAGACAAACGGACUUUCUUACCCUGCAACUUAACUUUAGAUAGACAAAGUCUGUACGGCAAACCAUAACCAAGCCUAAGUUUAGCACAAUCAUAUGGCUAUACAUAGGUUCUAUAGGGUAUAUAACAUACCUUACCUAUUACACAAUACUUUACAGUAUUGGUCUGCCUCGCAGACACUGUGAACAUCUAGGAAAUCCAUUAACCUAAUGAUACCCACGUAUAGAGGUCUUAUACUUGCAUUUCUGGGACUGGUGUUAGAUAUCUUAGGUAGGACAUAGCGGUUUGCGUGACAGAGUGAGUUCGUUAUCACAUGCGUACUGCACUUCACGGGAUGGUCUCCUCGCAAGGCCAUGUGAGUAAUGUACAUCAUCAAAUUAUUCCUAUCAUUAAGGAAUAAUUUUAGAUGACAUGGACUGACAAAGAAAAUACACAAAACACUGCACACACUAUAACCAUGCUGUCCAUGCAUGUAACCUGCUAUACAAUAUUUCACAGUAAGGUCAAGUAUACUUUCCAGACCCUGUGAAGAUCUUAGAAACCAAUAACUAAAUAAGGCUUACAAGAAAGAAUCCCAAACGCCUGUAGAGGUCCGAUUACCUAUCUUUAAUAUAUAAUAUAACUGAAAUACCUUCCUAGCCACCACCUGGUUGCUGUUUAUACACAUUUAAUAACUGAAAUAUCUUCCUUGCUACCACCUGAUUGCGGUUGAAAGACAUUUAAUAACCAAAUGACCAUCCUUACCAUCACCUGGUUGCUGACCCAACAAAUCAUGUUUACAGCUUUUAUAUAGUCGUUUCAGGGUACUUGACAAAUCAGUUAAUAAUUUAAUAACAGUCUUUAUUCAAUCCUCAUUCAAGAACACACGUCUGAGUUUACAAUAGUUAAACAAACAUCGAUUAGGUGCCUGGCGCUGCCUGCCUUCCAUAUAUAUAUGACCUAUAUAUGAUCGCACAUUGGCAAUUUAAAAGAUAACAUAUAUUAGUAAUUUAGUAAGAUAAUGUAAAUGGACCAUGAGGUACUGGAAGUACAAAUUUGAGAUAAUUAGUGGAAUAGACAUAUAGAUGUAUAGUACAUGAAUAUGUUAUAGACAAGACUAGCAAUAUAUAGUACUGUUUGGAGUAUUUGCAAGCAUUAACAGGGCCCUUUUUAACUAUAUAACUUGGGAGCCAAAACCCCCCAGCCCCAAUGACUCCCCCACCACCAUUCAACCAUUUUGGUCCCCAGUCAAAGUCUCUUUUCUCCAAAAUAUCAGCAAAACAUUGGACGAAAAAUGGAAUUUGGAAAGGAUAUUUGAUAUUCUAGUAACUGAAAUUUGCUUUGUGAAUCUUAUGUCCUGUCUUUUAUCUUCAAACAAUUCAAUGUCUAUAAAAAUGCUAAACAUUGUGUCCUGAAUACAUUAGAUUUUAAGCUCGUGCCUCAUUGGAUAGCAUAUCCCAGACGACCAGACCCUAUAGAUUUGACUGAGUUAUUGGAAGGCUAGACUAAUUGGCGUAGCCUGCGUAGCAGGCGCUAUUUAGGGGGGAGGGCGAGGGUGGGAAAAGCUAGGGGGAAUGCGAAGGCGAGAGCGAGGAUAAUUGGCGAAGCAAGUUAGUGACCGAGUUGUAACUGAAGAUUCUAUAAGAAUAUAUCUAAAGUACCGUAUACAAUGUAACGCUGUGCAUCCAAAAAUCUGUUCUGAAAAUGCACCAAAUGCAGUCCUAGGGGUGGAAAAAUUCAAAAAUUUUCUGGGGGAGAAAUUCCCCCUACUAUUACAUACAAUAGUGUGGUCCCUUUUUGUAGAUUGCUUUCUCCCCACGGACAAAUUCUUAAAAAAGGCUCUGGCAAGCAACGAAUGUUGGUGAGCGUUUCGUAUGGUGGUGUACGUGAGUGUGAUGAUUUAAAUUUCCGUAAUUUCGUAAGCAAAUAAACUAACAUAGAACAUGAACUAAUGUAAUAAACAAUAGUGAGCUUAAGCAAGUGACGUUUUUGACAACACGAACGGCAUGAGUAACGUCAGAAGACUGGGUCAAGGGCUGUGAUUGGUGAAAAACGUCAACUUUACAUCCGGUCAACGUCCGUGUUGUCAAAAACGUCACUUGCUUAAGCUCACUAAUGUUACUUUGUCACGUUUGGUGAAAACUGAAAACUAUGAAUUAAAACCGCACGCGCUAAUUCAGAUACCAGACGCGCAGAUUCGAAAACUAGGCGCGCAAAAAUCCGGAAAAUUUUGAUCUCGGUCGCGCAAUUUGCAAACUUUCCAGUCUGGUUUACACCUAUGGUUUACACUAAAAAAUCAAAUUGAAAACUGUAUGGCAUCCUGGCAGAUGGGAUUUUAGCUUUGUCUCAAUUUGGCACCAACUUUCAGCUUUUGAAAGAAAAUUUGGUUUAUUUAUCUCUUCUCUCCUUUCUCAUUCAUUGCAUUUAUUUCUAUACUUACAAACUUGUAAAUAGCAAUCGUUUUAAUGUACUGAUGGUUUUUUCCCGUGUUUAAAUUAAAUAAAGUUUAUGUAUGUAUAUGUAUGUAUGUAUGUAUAAAUUGAAUUAUUUUAACUUCAGUUUUACUUCCGUGAAAAGGACUUGAGUUUAGGGUUCCGAGCAUUCAGUAUAUAUAAACAAACUGAGUCAGUGUCUGAUCAUACUUACUAAUAAAAUUAAAUAACCAUUUUAAGAUUAGAAAGCACAAAAUGGUCUGGAUAACUACAAGAUUUAAUUAAAUACUUAUUUUAAUUCUUGAACAUAGUAAACAAACAAGUAAAGGCCGAUUUUCAUCUCGACCGUAUCGCAGCAUUUGCUUUUGAGUUUUGUGUCAAAUUCAUUAGUUCCACUCUAGUUCUGAGGAAAAAAAGAAAUAUGCUAGGCUUCAGUACGAUGCGACUGAAGUGCAUGGAAAACGUGUUGAAAAAAGAAAUGAAUUUAGUUACAGGGAACUUAACUUCGAAGGUCAUUAAUAUUUAUGAAAUAAAAAACCCUUCGACUUCGCCUUCCAUGUCGUCCAUAUUAAUAUACUUUCAAAGCCUAAUUCAAAGCAAGGCUAGCGACUCGCAGCUCACUCUAGUGUGAAAUAAAGCUAUGUUCUCACACACCGCUGGGAGCUGCUUGCAGCAUCAGCCGCAAGCUUGACAUUUAUUAAACUACCAUACAUUACAAUUGCUCGCUACAUAGUUACUAUAACAAGUACAUAUACCCAAUCUAAAGCCGUAAAAGGGCUGGGUGGGUGGGAUACUGUCAAGCUACGUUGAGCAACAACAAAAAUAUGCUCAACUAACCUGCACCACCCUGUAACACCCUGAUUUCAUCAGGCCCCCAGCAGUGUGUGAGAAAAUAUUUUCCGCUUCUUUCGUGCCUCAGCCAGCGGAAAAUAACACUUUACACACUGUGAUUUUGCAUUUUGUCACCAGGUUACAUUUAAAGCAUAUUUGUCACAUAUUAAUUUGAAAUCAAGUGUGACAAAUCAUAUUGUAUAAAUGCACCUUAAUUAAGUCAGACUACAAAUUUUGUCAGCACUGCAUUUAAGAGUUUUUGAGGCAAAAAAGUGAACUUGGGGUAACAAUUUUGAAAUUAAUUUCCUCCAAAAACCUAAUGUAUUGUUUUCAGUGUUAUAUAACAUUCAGAAAUCCAACUACAUUCCUGCUCCUAUUGUUGUUAAAAUGUGAAACUACAGUAUUUUUAGCUUUAUCAAUAUAAUUUCUUGCGACCAAUCAGACGUCGCCAUUCCCAUGAUGUGGAUUUCACAACUUUAAGAAUGUGGUCACAUUCCUGAAUGUUUUGAUGUGAUCCAUGGUUUUGGUAAUAUUUGCUCACAUACAUUUGUUCCUCUGACUGCCUCACCAAACAGGUGAUAAUAUUGUGGCAAGCUAAAUUUGCCCUCCCCCAAUACAGUAUUCCACUAACGUAGUGUCACUAAACUGGGAGUGUUGAUAUUUUCUCACACAUUGUGGUGUCAAAUCAACUUACAAUCAACUUUCCCAACCCUGUGCAAUUCUGCAAAAUUCAAAGCCACUAUAAUGAGCGCUCUAUCAAUGGUUUUAUUUUGAGACAAGUUCAACAUGCCUAAAUCUUUUGAACUUUUAUUUAUAUUUCAACAGUAUGAUUGAGUGAAUUGACGAGAUCUUGCCAUUGGAUGAUUACUAGUAUCCGAAAAAUUCAUUGUCUUCACCAUGCACAAGUUUGCAUAAACGUGAACAAAAAGAUAGAACAAAAGACUUUAGCCAAGUUCAGACCAUAUCUUGAACAACUUUGACAAUAUGUAAUGUACAAAAAUAUCAAUAUAAACAAUUUGUUCACAAAAUCGUCUUGAUGUCUAAUGAUUAGCUAUGUGUCUAUUUUGCUAUUACAAUGAUAACUGUGUUCUCUACUUAUUAAAAAUUCCAUUGAUAACACCAUGCCAAAACUUGUUGUUCAAAACUAUUUUGACCGAUAGUGAAUAUGCUAUUACUAGUUUUAACAUUUUUUAUUAUUUCAGGGCCAAGGUUAUGGAAAGCCAAGUGUUUACCAUGCAACCAUUAUUAUAUUUUUGGAAUACUUUGCAUGGGGCUUACUUACAGGACCCAUGCUUAAUGUAAGUUUAUUUUUACUCAAAUAUAUAUGUGUUAUGUAUGCACUAAUUAAGCGAUAUGCACUUGCAAUUUUUGCUUCUACAGCUUUUUUCCUCAUGCACCACACUAUGGGUAUCCUGUGGUGUAACACACAAGUAUUCAUGUGGUGUAACAUACAAGUAGGGAUGUUGUAACAUACUGUACUGUACUGUACUGUACUGUACUGUACUGUGCUGUACAAGUAUUCCUGUGGGUGUAAAAUACAAGUAUUCCUGUAGGUGUAACAUACAAGUAUUUCUAUGGGUGUAACAUACAAGUAUUCCUGUGGGUAUAACAUACAAUACAAGUAUUUCUGUGGGUGUAACAUACAAGUAUUCCUGUGGGUGUAACAUACAAGUAUUCCUGUGGGUAUAACAUACAGUACAAGUAUUUCUGUGGGUGUAACAUACAAGUAUUCCUAUGGGUGUAACAUACAAGUAUUCCUGUGGGUAUAACAUACGUAUUCCUGUGGGUGUAACAUACAAGUAUUCCUGUGGGUGUAACAUACAAGUAUUCCUAUGGGUGUAACAUACAAGUAUUCCUGUGGGUGUAACAUACAAGUAUUCCUGUGGGUGUAACAUACAAGUAUUCCUGUGGGUGUAACAUACAAGUAUUCCUGUGGGUGUAACAUACAAGUAUUCCUGUGGGUGUAACAUACAAGUAUUCCUGUGGGUAUAACAUACAGUACAAGUAUUCCUGUGGGUGUAACAUACAAGUAUUCUUGUGGGUGUAACAUACAAGAUUUACAUGGGUUUAACAUCGUACACACUCGUACCCAAUGCAACUAGCGGCGGCAUACUGGCGUAUAAACGGUCUGUGCCAGCGUAGGUAGUGACAAUAACACCAGAAAGCUGCGGAUUGAGUGGGAUUCAACUGCCUGAAAUAUGCAAGUAAAACGUCGACGUUUCGAGCGAAGGCAUUUUGUCAGGAAGUUAGUAGUGGCGUACUAGCGUUCAAACGAACGACGUGAUUGGAGGGCGUAGCUCAGUUGGAGAAGGUUCACGCUGCUUAGUUAGUUUACUUGGCAAGACGGCUCACGACGAACUCUACUCUGCGCAGCUGUCUUCUGGUUUGAAGAGACUUCCAGCCAUCCCAACCUGGCUUAACUAAUAUCAAUGAUGCCGAGAAUUAACCUCUCCAACAUCAUCCUCCAGCGCAACUUGAGAAGAGGAUUCGAGGCACGAACCCACUCCAAAGGGGUUUAUCGGGAUAUUGCGAUACGCCGCCUUGACGUAGUCGAACGUGGCCAUCAAAGCCCCGGGGCCCAUGUGUACCAAAGAUCGGAUAGCAUCAUCGACGGUCACGCAGGGGCGCCGGAAACAACAUGAAGCGACGGGGGCAGCCAUUUAAAAAGGGCACUUACUUCUGAGCAGCAAUGUUCGUUAAAAUUUUGCUGUACGGAUACUCGAUACACUAAAAUGCAAUGUACUGUACAACAUGACAGUAAAACAACAUAACAGACUAACAGUAGUCAAUUAUUUAGAUUGGAAGGCUUUCUUUUUGAUGUUUUUUUCAUAGGUGGCAACAUUGGUACCAUUUCUCAGAGGAAUUUCAGAUUCAAAUUUGAGCUAAAUUGCUUGAAAACAGUUCUCAAUUUCAAUUCAUAUGAAUAGCGCACGACUUUCGAAGUGCAGUUCUUGCAAAAAGGCAACCUGCUUCCCCAAAACUGUUUGGGCAACGGAGGCAGCUUCCCCCGUGGUUCCGGCGCUCCUGCGGUCACGUAUUUCAAGGAAUAAAGGUCCUUUUGGAAUACCGUCAUUAACGCUGUGGUCAAGAGGCGUGGAAAUAUCCAAUAAGGCGCCACUUGCCCGGCUGAUGAUUCUUCAGAAUUACACCAAAGGGGCUGAUGUGAACAUUCGGUACUGUUAGGGACGCGAACGGGCUCGCCAACCGCCCAGCAGCUAACUCCGUGGUGAGAUAAUAAUCUGUAACGAGAACGCAAGGACACACCCAACCAUUCUCCCAACGAACUCGGAAGCCUGACCGAAUACCGUUCACAACAUAGUUCUUUUUGUGCGGUGGAAACCGGCUAAUUCACGGAUGAAUUCCUCGAAGACCAACGGUGUCACGUUGCCGUUGGCAACUGGAGUACUGUAUUUAGGCCAACCAAGGGGACUAGUAGAGUGCUAUAACAAAAAAAGCACAAUGUAACCGGAAGAGGGGGUCUAGAUAAGCAAACGGCUAAUGGAUUAAUGACACGCGGCAAAUAAUACACAAACAUUGUAAUUACGCAAUGUCGGAGACUGCCCGUUUAUGCAUGAAUUAUUAUAGUAUGUUAUUAUGUUUAAUUUAGUUAUGUACAGUAUUCCUACUUUAGCUUUGAUCAAACUUUUAUAUUGAAUAUAUUACCGUACCUCACAUACGUACUGUAGGUCGGUCAAGGUCGUACCAAGGGGUACCAGUUGUACCAACUUGCACGAAGUUUGUGCCAAUCUGUACCAUUACAAAUUGGCCUGUGCAUGAAAAAUAUAUUUUAUUAGUUAUUAAGACGAGUUUUCUCGAGAGCGUGGCUUUGUGAAACUGUGAGUACAGAGAACCUCUGUGAACCGUGAAUUUUGAUGAAUCUGUUUAUUUCAUUUUAUACAAACUAUGUAUCGCGAUUUGUGAAUUGUUAUUAAUUUGUGAUUUUUAAUUUGUGAUUUUUAAUUUGUGAAUUUUUGGGCGAAACUAGGCAAUCCCCAACAGCACAAAUAAAAUGUAGCAGACACACAAGUUAAACCACCCAAUGCAGCUACUGUACGCAAGCAGAACAUGACAUCAAUACAUUAGCACCAACACUAUAGUCGUUAAUCAAAGGAUUCAAAGCCUGACCGCAAGAACUACAAUACAUAGCCUGGCCCUCUCCCUUGCUGGCAAUACCGCUGCACACGUUCAUACCGAGCAAGUAAGCCAUGUUAUACACAAGUUUUUAUUCAAGAUUAACAAGGUUCUGCUAGCCACUGCCUCCCAGCAUCCUAUUGGCCAGUAAGAAUGAAUAACUAAGUAAUAUAUAUGUAAAUGAACACUCAGCACUACUCGUGCUUGAUGUUAAUUAUUUAUUGCAUAAACACGUGUAACUCUGAGUGUGCAUCCACACCGGGCAAGCUGAAAAGUUUGCUUGGCCACGGUGGGAAUCGAACCCGCGACCUUUGGGAUACUAAUCCAAUGCUCUGCCAACUGAGCUACGCGGUCAAGUCGGUGUGGAUGCAACAUCACAAACAUCAUAUUCACCUGAGUAAAUAACACCAACACACACAAAUUUCAUAUCUUAGAUUGCACUGAUAUCGAAGGAACUAGACUCAGUUCCGAAAUAUCAUCAACUCGAACCGACUUGACCGCGUAGCUCAGUUGGCAGAGCAUUGGACUAGUAUCCCAAAGGUCGCGGGUUCGAUUCCCACCAUGGCCAAGCAAACUUCUCAGCUUGCCCGGUGUGGAUGCACACUCAGAGUAACAUCACAAACAUAUUCACCUGAGUACAUAACACCAACACACACAAAUUACACGUGUAACAUUGUACAAGUAUUAUAACUGUGGGUGUAACAUACUGUACAAGUAUAUUUAGGUCAGUCAGUAAGUCAAGGAUAUACAUUUUAUUGAAUUCGGAUGAUAUUUAAUGGCAAUGAUUAGUUUAAUAGAACCAUAUAGUGGCAUCAAAAGUUAGAAGUGGUUCUUUUAUGCAGGUCUUUAAUGUACACUGUGUUUAUUUCAGGUGUUGGGAGAAACCUUUCCCAAACAUACGUUUUUAAUGAAUGGAUUGAUUCAAGGAGUUAAGGUACAACUUAAAAUUAUACUAAAUUUGUUUUAAUGAACUUACUGUACAGUAGAUACGGACAUGUUACUGUUGAUAUAUUAAACCAAAGUUUAUUAUUGAGCAAAUAAUAGGAAAAUCAAUACUGCAAUAAUAGAUACAUACAAUAAUGUGAAACUGCUUCUGCAACUCUGCUUGCAGUGUAGACAAAGUUAUACUUGUUGCUUUUGUUGUUUUUAUUGUCAGUAUUAUUGUUUUUAUUAUGAAUGUUGUUGUUAAUCAUUUUCCUGUACUGCAUGUAUUUUGCAAAAUAUUUCGGACUAUAGACUACAAAUUAAAAACACAGAAUUGGUUGUAAAAUAAUAAUUUUAUAUUUAAUAUAUAUGGGUUAUUCCUAUAUACAGACAUACAGUAGCUGAAUAAAAAUGUAUUGGCCACCAUUAAAUACAAUAAUAUGCAUUUUGUAGGGAUUUUUGUCAUUUUUAAGUGCUCCACUCAUUGGUGCUUUAUCUGAUGUUUGGGGAAGAAAAUCGUUUGUAUUGCUGACUGUUGGAUUUACUUGUGUGCCAAUUCCAUUGUUAAGAUUUAAUCCUUGGUAAGUAAAUUAGUCUGUACAAAUUUUGUAUUACGAGUACAGUAACUUAAUGUGCAGGUUUUUGUUGUAAACAGGCUAGUAGAGGUACAGUAAUUCUAUUUACAUAUUACAGAUACGUACAACUAUAGUACACAGUUCUAGCAGGUAUUCAGGGUAUUUUAAAUUAAUUACCCACUGAGUGCCUGGCCACCACUGUAUAAUAGAGAGUUUUAGCUUGACGUUUACGGCAAACGUCAAACCGCUAACGAAGUUUUUGAUUUUACAACUCUAUUAUAUUUUGAAAUAUAAACAAUUAAUUUUGAAAUAUAAACAAUUAUUUAACUUGUGCUCUUUAGCAAUGAUUUAAAAGAAAGCAAAUUAACCACUAGUCACGUAUUCCCGAAAGCAGUAAAUUAAGAUUUGGCGUUUGAAGUUUACGUUUGGCGUAUAAAUUUCAUGCUUUAACGACUAUACAAGCCCUCAUAGCAGUUCAAGCAUGCAAUUUAUACGCCAAACGUAAAUUUCAAACGCCAAAUCUUAAUUUACUGCUUUCGUGAAUACGUGACUAGUGGUGAAUUUGCUUUCUUUUAAAUCAUUGGUAAAGAGCACAAGUUUAAUGAUUGUUUAUAUUUCAAAAUUGGUGCAAAAGCUGUUAUAAUAGAGUUGCAAAAUCAAAAACUUCGUUAGCGGUUUGACGUUUGCCGUAAACGUCAAGCUAAAACUCUCUAAUAUCCAGUGUUCACUCGCUAGUACUUUUGUAUAGCUAUAAAGUUAUACAAAAUGUAAUACAUGCAGAGGCUGUUAGUGAAAGCGUCUCAAAAGUGGGCGGACUGCCAAAAAGGGCACCUAUAGUGGUAUACACUAUCCAGUGUCUUCUGGGAGGUUGUUCUAAAAAUUGCAUGUAAAAUAUGUGGGAUUUGUUCUUCGAACACAAUGUGAACAUCGUUUUAACCCACUUUUGGCCUAGGCUAGUGUUCUCAAACUCUAUUUAUACAUACAUGUACGUACAGUAGUGUCGACGCUGUAUGACAUCACAGUAUGUUCUUUUUCUAAGGUGGUUUUUUGGUGUGCUAUCAAUAUCUGGAGUGUUUGCAGUUACUUUUUCUGUAGUAUUUGCUUAUGUUGCUGAUUGCACGGAUGAAAAUGAGCGAAGUACAGCAUAUGGCUUGGUAAAUAUGUUUGCAUGUUCUCCUACGUUAUAGUACUAUACACAUUCUUUCAUUCCUGCCUGAAAGCACAGAAUACUACACAGAAGUCCAUCUCCAUUGCUUUUUGCGUAAGCUCUAUUCGUCAUGAUUCGUCACUCAGCAAGUGCCGUAAACAGAAGCAGUCCCCCCUGGAAAUACUAAAAAUGGCGCACGUCCAGGGGGGUGACUGCUUCUGUUUACAGUACUUGCUGAGUGACGAAUCAUGACGAAUAGAGCUUACGCAAAAAGCAAUGGAGAUGGACUUCUGUGUAGUAUUCUGUGCUGAAAGCAUCAGACCCGUACGCCUGUGCACAAUGGACUUGUAUUGAGUUUAUGCAAUCACAAGUUUAUGCAAUCAUGUGCUGUAUUUUACAUUUCCCAUUUUCUCUUACAGGUAUCAGCUACGUUUGCAGCCAGUCUAAUUACCAGCCCUGCACUUGGUUCCUAUCUUCAGGGAGCCUACAAUGAUAAUGUAGUAAUUGCCUUGGCAACAGCGGUAGCAAUAUUAGAUAUUUUGUUUAUAUUAUUGGUUGUCCCAGAGUCUUUACCAGAACGCGUGAGGCCUGUAUCAUGGGGUGCGCCUGUGUCUUGGGAACUAGCUGACCCUUUUAAUGUAAGUAGUACAUGUAUGUUUCAAUGAAAUGCAUGUGCUAAUUGUGCUUGAUUUACCUAAUGUAUUUUAUUUAUCAUAAAUUCAUCAACCGGCAAUGCACCCCUUAAGGGGCUUCAGUGGCGCAGUCUGUCAGAGCAAGGGCCUUUCACCUCUGAGUUCGUGGGUUCGAUUCUCGCUAUACGGACUCGUGUGGAAAGAGUCUGUCAACGCUGUGCCGAAAGUCGUGAGUUUUCUCUUCCUCCCACGGGGGAAGUUGACAGGGUGGGGUAGGAUAAACAUACUUAGUUAGGAAAGUAACAUCAUAAUUGUUGUAAAGAUAAAUAGUAGACACAGCUAAAAACGACCAGGUUGUUGCAAUAUUGAUGAAAACAGGAUUGAACAAUGCUUUGCUGCCCACAUUGUUCACAGUUGUCAACAAUGUUGAACAAUAUUGUUACACCCGAUUCAGGCUCAACAGUAUUGCUCAAUAUUGUUGACAAGUGUGAACAAUGUGGGCAGCAAAACAUUGUUCAAUCCUGUUAAACAGCGGGCUCAGCGUGUAGGCUAAGUAAGUAACAUAAGCGUAAUACUUGAUGUAAUCGGUCACUGAAAAGCCCCAAUGGGGAGUGAGCUGAAUAAUACCGUAGCCAUAAUGUACCGUAAAAGGCUCUUGUAAACUAACAGUUGAUCAAUUUUACGCUUUAAUCAAUUUUGCACGAUUUUACACCUUAAAUUGUCGGUUACUCAAUAGUUUAUAAUGAAUGGCAUUGGACAAAAAUAUGCAGCGGAAUCGCAGGGCCGUACGAUAGACUCUGGCAGGAAUCGAACCUAGCAUUUUCGCAGCUGCUCUUGGUUACGUGUAAAAAUGGAUAUAUAAUCUUUCCGCUCGAAAUUUCCAUCUACAAAAACCCUUCAACUGUUGGCAGGGCCUAUCAGAGAAAUCCGGGGGUCCGGGGCAAAAUUUGUUUUCGGGGGCCCUAUUUUUUCCAAAAAAAUGUUGGCGAGGAGGGGGGGGGGGUUAAAAAAUUUUCCGGACAUUAAAAAAAAGGGUCAAAAAAUUUUUUCCGGAGUCCCCCUUACACUGAGGGCCCGGGGCAAAUUGUCCCCUCUGCCCCCCCCUGACUGUUGGGUAAAAUACUUGUAAAUAAUUCGUUCAUUGUUGUUAUUUUCUGUUGUAGUCCUUGAGAAAAGUAGGAAAUGAUCCAACUGUUCUGCUGCUGUCUAUAGCUGUAUUUUUAUCAUAUUUACCGGAAGCUGGACAGUAUUCCUGCAUGUUUCUCUAUCUACAGAAAGUAAGUGCAAUCUGAUGUUCGCCUUAAUGGAUUAGUGCAUGAUUCUUGCAAAUGUGCCCGUUGGAGAAAAAACCCCAUACAUACAACUAUACAAGAGAUAAAAUACUCUCACUAGCAAUCAUUUCGCCAAUGUUCUGCACUUUCGCUCUAGAAAUUGUGCAUUACAUAUCUCAUAUUAGGCUAUUUAGCGAUCCGAUCCGUUAGAAAAACUGGAUUUAACUGGGAAGUGGUAUUAAGACUGUUUACGACCUUCAUGUCAUCUUGGCUUCACUUUUUUCAAAGGCCGAAUUACUGAAGUUCUUGCUCCAGUUUUGCUGAAGUUCUUGGAAAAAACAUGCACGAGUAAGUUUUUCAAAGACGAUCAAAAUUGCACGAGUCCGAAGGACGAGUGUAAUUUGAAGUCUUUGAAAAACGCACGAGUGUAUGUUUUUUCAAAUUGCACGAGAAACCAUACUACAGUAUUACUUAUUAAUAAUAUACAUGAAAAAGUUAUGCAGUCACGUGCGUAAGUCACAUUUAGAGAUUAAGAAAAUUAACAAAUUUGAAAGUUAAGAAAUUUGCACUCUACCCCAUUUUUUUGCAUUGUAUUUCGAAAAAUUGCACUGCUCUUAGCCCAAUUGAGAAAUUUUUUCAUGUAUAUUAUUAAUAUAUAUAUUUCAAAAACGCAUUAAUAAUUCAUGAAGCAAUUAUCCAAUCUUGAGUAAGAAAUUAGUCACGUGCAUACGUCUUUAUACCAGCUAAAGAACACUUUAACAAAUGACCAUUGUUAUGCAAACUAUAUAAAGAUUUUUAUAUAAAGAUUUUUAUAUAAAGAUUUGACUUAUUAUGCAAACGUUUUUGAAGCCAUUUAAAAAACUCGCAGGUUUAAAAAACUGUCUUUUAAACAUAAUAAAACACUCCUGCUCGUUUUUUAAAUAGACAAUAGUACAUAAAGAGAGAGAGCUCACUGAUGUUACGUCACAAGUGGGGUCACGCAAUUUUUUAUCUUUACAGCCAGUCAUCAAUAUGAGCCCAUAACUCGUUCUUGGUUGCCAUUUCAAGGCCUUGAGUUUUUUUUUAUUCAAGUUUUGUAGGAACCCUGUGUAUUGAGUGUUUUAAAUUGCUUGUAUUCUUAGGUCAUGUGUUUUGACUCUGAAGAUGUAGCAACCUUUAUUGCAGUUGCUGGGAUUUUAUCCGUUUUUGCCCAGGUAAUGUAGUUUAUGAUUAACGUUUUGUUGCCCACAUAAACCGGCUAAACACUAUUAUUGUCUGCUAGCCUUUCUACAAUGCACUAAUUGUUAUUGUAGUAUUGUUCAUUAUAUUAAUUCUUUCUCAGUAUGACAAAUGUAAUUUUGUAUCUCAUGUUUUCCUUUGUUCUACGUUUUUAGACGGGCGUUUUAGCAUUAUUAAAGAAAAACAUAGGAUUGAAACAUUGCAUUCUCGUAGGACUUGUAUUUCAGGCACUUCAACUAGCUUGGUAUGGUUUAGGAAGUCGACCUUGGUACGUAAUGUGUUCUUAUUUGAUAUAGUUUAAGUUUGGUAUUCGUGUAGUUGAACUGGGACUACCAUGAAAUGACUUCGUGGAUUAUAUAAUAUUGACCACCUUGCAUAUUCAGUGCUCAGUUUGAAAAGAGUGCUUCCAGUUUGGUUCUACGAAGCACAUAAGGUUUCCACUACUUCCUCUAUUCUGUACACUCUACAUUUUACACUUUAUUCAUUUGCAGGAUGAUGUGGGCUGCAGGUUCACUCGCUUCCAUGGCCAGUUUAACGUAUCCUGCAAUAAGCGCCUUGGUAUCCUGUAACUCGGAUUCGGAUCAACAAGGUACUGUAAUCUGUUGUAAUGGAUGUUUAAAGGCGAUGUUGCACAUCUGACUGAGACAAUUUGCAGUUAGGUUAACACGUGGUACCUCGGUAACUCCACAUGAAAACUCGAAAGCAUGCUAUUACCUAUAUACAAAUAAAUUGUUUAUGAUAAAUAUAUUUGUCAAAUUUUGAAGGACUUUAAUAAGAAGACUGACAUUUUGUGCUCGCGUUGGUCCUUUUAGUAAUUAGCGGAUUUCUAUUGUUUAACUUGCUCUGUCCAGUCCUGUUAUGAGAUAAGUGGUUUAAACAAGCUACUGUAUGUAUGCUAUAGGCGAUUCCAGCUUUUAGUUUGUGCGUGCAGGGGGGGGGAUGGGAAGUAAGGUAUCAUAUUGCCGAUUAUGCUGAAAAAAUAAAAAAUUAAAAAUGGUGGCCGUGUAAACAUGGAGUGAUAGCUUUUGAAAUAUUUCGAUUGUUUCGGCAGUUUUUAUUGAAAUUUUCAGCAUAAUCAGCAACAUACCUUACUUCCUGUCACCCCCUGCGCGCAUAAAUUAAAAGCUGGAAUUGCCUGGGAGCAUGAGCGGUUGUGUUGUAUAAGAUAUACAAUGCUGAUGUAAUUUUCAAUAAUUUAAAAGCAUGUAUAUGAUAUUUGGUGACAAAAAUGAACUUGCAGUUUAUAUAAAUCAGCAGGAUUUUGUAUACAAGCUCUUCCUUUGUGAUGUCUUUAUGAAGUAAAUGAGAAUUACAAAUAGUCGUAUUUUAUCUACUGUAGGUGCUGUGCAAGGUAUUAUUACAGGCAUACGAGGUUUAUGUAAUGGGUUAGGACCUGCGUUAUUUGGCCUAAUGUUUUUUAUAUUCCACGUGGAUCUUGAUUCACCGAAACCUGGGUCGUCAGUUAAAACGAACUCGACAUCGACAAAGAUAUCUACUGGCGACCCAUCGUUAAGAGUAAGUACUAACUAUAUAUUAAUUGAGACAAAUAUUAUAAGUGUGUUUAUUCGUAAGGACAUAACAGUGAACUCUAAGGGAACUGGAACGAUAACUUGGCCGCCAUCUUUGAAGCCACUCAUGACGGCCGCCAUGUACGUAUGGAGUGGAAAAUACGACACCAAAAAGAUGUCUGUUUUCGACCACUAAAUAGCUGUAUUUCAACAAGGAAAAAAGCUAAAAACUUUCAACAAUACCUGAAAUUUAAUACAAAACCUGUUUCCAGAACGUAGAGCAGUUAUAAAGUCCUUUUUUCAGGAGUCAAAGUGCGAAGUUUUUUUCGGCACGUUCAAACUUGUGUAAUAUUUUGAAUAUCAAGCUGUUACCCAGGAAGGUUUUGCUGUUAGUGGAUGUAAAAUACUUAGAACUAUACAGGAAACCAGGUUUGAAUCUUUUAAGUUGAAGCCUGUUGAUAAAAACAGUGCUUUUUCUUGCUGAUUUUCGCUCAAAAACAAACUUUUGACUGAAUUUCCCGCUCCUCGAAACUCUCCCCAGUCCUUUUAAAAGUUAAUUUAUUGCUCGCUGAGCUCGCGAGAAGCGCCAUCUUGGCUUCAGGCAAGUAUGGGCAUGUUUACCUGCAGUUAGCGUUCCAGUGUUAUUACAGUUCACUGGGACAUAAAAGGCAGACAGCGAAGUUUUCGCGGUUUAAGUUAAGCACUGGGCGUGCACCUUUGAAAGUGACGUCACAACACAUGUAGACUAGCCCAAAACUGGAAAGGACUUUGGGAAAGUCUACACAUCAUAAUUGUUUGACAUCCACCAUUUUGAGUGGCGAAUAUUCGGACAGUGAUUUCCUCAGCUGGCCAUAAGUACCCACUAUUAUUUUUGCCACACAUAGGCCCAAUCAUGGCCAGUUCGUGUCUUUGGCUAUGUCGUGUUUCUUCCGUAUACACACCAUCGACGAAAUCCCAAAUUUUCUGCCUGAACUUGUCAUUGUGGUUUAAAGAUUUAAUAGAGAAUAAUACAUGGGUGCGCGUAAAUACCAGAUUUAUUUCGAGUGUUGAACAUGAUAUCUCACGAGUGAGAUAUCAUGUUCAACACGAGAAAUAAAUCUGGUAUUUCCAAGCACCCAUGUAUUUUUCUUUUAUUAUAUAAAGGACAGUCUUUGAAGCGAUAAUUUUUACAGAAAAGCGAUAAUUUUCACAUGUGAGAUUAUCAUGAAUAAUCUCACAUGUGAGAUUAUCACUUUUAUCAGUGCUCGAAAUCUGUAUAAAGCACUAUACUUUAUAUAAUAAUUAAUACAUGCUCAUGUGUGUGUUUUGCUUCUUUUUAGGGAAUUGGAUCUGGUGCUCCAUUUCUUUUUGGAGCAGGCUUGGUGAUUUUAGCUUUAUUGCUAACAUUAUUUCUACCAGAGAAAAAGAAAGUAUUGGCAGUGAAUCUAGCUACAUCUCCCAAGAAAUCAAACCGUGCCAGUAUUUCUGAUAAUGGUGAUAAAACUGCCGAUAGUGAAAUAACUGAGAAUAUGCCAAUGUUGUACAAUACGGAUUCGUGAUGGUCACAACGCAACUGCUCGGCCGAUUUUCAGGUGGGAUUUUCAGGAGCCCUGCAAAGGGCUUAGCGCAGUCUGGUCGUUUACAUGUCAUUAAGGGAUAAAUGGGAUCAAUUUGGUUGAUUACAAAAGUUGGAAUAUACUGUAUGAUGUUACGAUCAUGUAUUACAUGAUCAUCUACUGGUGCAAGUGAUCUCCUGAAAUGACCAGUUUGAAUGAUUUCUAACGAUGCGGGCAGAACGGUCUGGUAAAACGGAUAUAAAGUGAUAUGGUCAAUUUACUUCACUAUAAUGCACCUUCCCAGACAAGAGGAACGUAUCAGGCUCUAUACAAAGGGAAUGAAUCAGACAAGUAGAGUCCACUUUUGGCGUAAGAGAUUUUACUGGUGGGAUGUAGGGAGAGAGUACUCCUUCCCUACAGUUUAAAGGAUUAGUGUCACACCAUGAUAUCGCGGGCUUUUGUUGUUUUUGUCUUGCCCAAAUAACCAAUAAAUAACGAUAAAAAUUACUUGCUUGGUACGUUUCCAGUACGAAUCAGAUAAAAGAAGGAAGGAUUCUCAAAAGAUGGUUUAAAUAUACGACAGAUUAGAAAUUUUUUCCAGAUCUGUUGAUCUACUCGAGUACUCGGCCCAAAAAGUGGCCGCCGGCAGGAAUUUGAGCCGGCAAUACCACGGUAUGAUACUAAUCCUUUAACUCAAUUGUAUAGACCUUUCUUAUGACGUCAACUGCGGAAAACCAAUUUAUGCGAUGCCCCACAGGACAAUACAAGUUGUUGGAGAACCAAUAAAUUUCAUAAAAGCAUCAUUUGCAUGACGAAUUGUUACUAAAAAUUGUCCCUUGGGACAUCGAUUAAGAGUUUUUUCCGCAUUUUACGUCAUAAGAAAGGUGUAUUGCAUAUAGAGGAUAUUAGAUGGUGGAGGAAAGAUGUGGAUUUUAUUAGCAAUAUCUCACAAGUGAGUGAAAACACGAAAACAUAAAAUCCGUAUCUUCAAGGCAGCAUGUACUCUUCUGUUUAUUAUAUGGACACGGGCUAAGUGUGUAAGAUAUUUCCAGAACGGUCUAACAUGGCAACCGCUGGAGCUAAACUAUCACUCAUAAUUAACAGUUAUUCUACGAACUCGAGUCGAAUAUGAGCUGAUAGCCGAUGAGGCGCGUAGCGCCGAAUCGGCUAUCGCUCAUAUUCGACGAGAGUGAGUGGAAUAACUGUUUUAUUACAUACACAAGGUCUGAAUUCACAGACUUUGCUUUUCGAAUAUUUUCAAUAUUUUUCUAUUUUGUUUAUGUUUUUAUCUUCGCUCUUUCGGCCGAUUAGUGUUUCAAAAAUAUAUAUAUUUUUAAGUAUUUUAAAUUUUAAAAAUUAAUUUGCUAACGUGUAAACAAUUUGUGGGAGUUUUUUCAUUGUGUUUUUAAUCCUGUAAAAGCUAUAAAAAGCGAACAACUUGCCGUUUUCUCGUUCGCAAAACAUGGGAAAUUCAGUUUGAGCCGCCAUUUUGUUUUUCUCCACUAGCAGGAUAUGAGCUAAGGGACGGGUCAUUUAUGGUGGGGGGUGGCACCGAAGAGAAAUGUUUUUCGUGCCAAAAAUUUUGCUGACCCAACAAUUAAAAUAUCAAAAAUUUGAUUACCCAACCUCAAAUAUCAUUUAAAAAAUAAAUACCCACCCCUGGCCAAAAACGAAAAGGAUGUCAUUCAGCUGUCACAUUUGUCCUUUACCACUUCUGUAAUACGAGUUUGAUAACGUUCGGCUUGUGAAAUUUACUGACUUUUCUGCAGUCUAAAGCUUCAUGUUGUCUGCACAUUUACUUUCUUUGGAGACACCAUUUGUCUCCCAACAAAUCGGAAAAUCAUCAAGAUAGUGACUCUGAUUGAUUGACAUAUUGUAUUGACAUAUGACUGUUGACAUUGCAGUUUUCAGUCUUCGAUAUUUGAGUGAGUCAUGCUUUGGAAAUGACAAUAAAUUUUUAUUACCCAACCUUUGAGUUGUUUCGUUUUUCAUUUACCCAACCUUUUACUCACUCAAAAUUUUGUUUACCCAACCCUUUUCUCUUCGGUGCCACCCCCCGCCAUAAAUAAUGACCGGUCCCUAAUAUCCUGCUAGUAGAGAACCAAUCAGAUUGCAGAAUACCUCAUAUCCAGACCUUGUGUAUAUAAUAAUAUUGGAUAACCUUAAUCUUAUCGGAAUGGAAUCUUUCAUUUCCAUAAAUAUGAUCCGUUCCUUUGACUUUCUUUUAUUUUAGCUCUCUUAAUUUCUAAAACUUUCUUACUACUGCCGCCAUUUUAUGCUGGUACUGCUCAAGACUCCAAGCUCAUUUAAAUUCACAUGAACGAGGCUUGGAGCAAGCAGUUAUAAAAUACGCUCAUCCAUGACCAUAUAAUAAUUACCUGGGAUUUUAAUGACAUUCUUGUGUGACACUUCGUACUGUUGUUAAUACAUACAUAUACAUAUGCGGGAAUGUCGUUACGAAUUCAAAUUAAUGGUUAAAUAGGAAUUAUAAAAUUAUUUCAAAUUAUAGAUUGUAAUUAAUAUCUUUGGUAUGGGUUUUAAUUUGAAUGAAAGAACAAAUAACCAUGAGUUGAUGUGAUAACUUUUGCGGAUGCACGAGGCUAGCCACUGAGGAAGGUUUGAGACAUAAACCAACAUGGUUGUUUAUCGCCGAUUAGUAUGGUCAAGCUGGUCAGAUAGAUCAAAUUGUUAAAUGGAAUACUUUGGCGUUAGAGUUUGGUGUUUCCGUCUGACGGCCUUCCCGGAAAUUUUUUAUCAAAUCACAUUUUGGCCAGAUUUCCGAAAAACGUAGUCCAUAUAUCUUUCCAUCAAGUGAAAUAAAAAAAUCGACUUUUACUGGCCAGAGCAUGCAGUAAUAUUUAAAGUCACCCAAACGUACACUAUAGUGUUCACAUAUUCAGUUACCAUCAGUAAACGCAUGUUUAAGUCUUUACUGACCCAGACUAGCACUAGUAAUAGAAAAGUCGCAACUUCAAAUUUAAAAGUUAGUCUAUUACACUAGGUUUAAAUUUAAGCGAUACACUAUUAAUGCAGUAUCGUAGUCCCGUAGGUUUGGGUCCGUCGCUGAACACAUGUCCAAGGUGAGAUCCACACUAAAAUGAAAUCAAAGACGAUUUGCAAACAUAGUGGAGAUAUAUUUAGUAAAGCUUUGAAGCAUACUUUUUAG